AUGAGAAUUUGUUCACUCGCCGUUGUCGGACUUUCGACAGCAGCCGUCGCUUUAUCCAUUACUAAACCCGACCAGGCUGUCCUCGGCAAUGACAAUCAAGAUCUGUACCUCGUUGAAUUAGGCCCCGGAGAAAGAAGAUGGAUCGUAGAAGACGAGAAGUGGGCACUAAAACGAGCUGGUGUUAAUUUUAUGGAUGUAACAGAAACUCGUGACCUCGGAUUAAACGUUAGAAGAGAUGUCACUGUCCAGUUCCCGAACAAACCAGCAUACAACGACAGCUUGGUGCCGUUGUUGAGAGAGCUAAAGCAAAAGAAUAUGCACAAGAACUUGGAGAAGUUUACAUCCUUCCAUACCCGAUAUUAUCGGUCUCCCUAUGGUGCGGAGUCCUCCGCUUGGCUGUACAGCAAAGUCAACCAGACCAUCCAAAACUCUGGAGCUGCAGAAUAUGGCGCCCGUGUGGAGACUUUCGAACAUUCUUGGGGGCAAAACAGCGUCAUUGCUACAAUACCUGGAAAGAGCGAUAAAACCGUGGUGAUCGGCGCACAUCAAGAUAGCAUCAACCUCUUCCUGCCCUCAAUACUUUCUGCUCCUGGCGCAGACGACGAUGGCAGCGGCACUGUCACCAUUCUCGAGGCUCUGAGGGUUCUGUUAGAGUCUGAAGCGAUCAUCAAAGGAAAUGCAUCCAAUACUGUGGAAUUCCAUUGGUACUCCGCCGAAGAGGGCGGACUACUUGGGAGUCAGGCUAUCUUCUCUGCUUACGAAAAGGAAGGUAGAGACGUCAAAGCAAUGUUGCAACAGGAUAUGACCGGCUACACUCACAAGACGAUUGAAGCAGGAGAACCCGAAAGUGUUGGUGUGAUUACAGACUUUGUUAACCCAGAUCUCACCGAAUUUAUCAAGAAAAUCAUUACACAGUAUUGCUCGAUACCCUAUAUUCUCACCAAAUGUGGCUAUGCAUGCUCUGAUCAUGCAUCCGCGUCGAAGGCUGGCUAUCCCUCCGCUUUCGUUAUUGAAUCGGAUUUCAAGUACAGCGAUAACAAGAUUCACACAUCGCAAGACAAGAUAGAGUUCCUCAACUUUGAUCAUAUGUUGCAACACGCAAGAAUGACGCUGGCGUUGGCCUAUGAGUUAGCAUUUGCCAAAUUUGAUUAA